GAACCCCUGUUCCUUUCCCUUCCCCAGGCGCCUCUUCUUGGGUGACUGCAUGACUCAAAGGUGUGUGUCAAAGAGGAAACAUGGCUUUUCUCACCAUCAUCCCCUCCUGUCAGGUUUAAAUGACUAAGAGAACUCACUCCUGUGAGCACUGGAGCUAUAGGCCCAGGGUGGUGGUGUGUGCCUCUAAUCUCAGGAGGCAGAAGCAGGCAGUUCUCCGUGUGUGUGUGUGUGUGUGUGUGUGUGUGUGUGUGUGUGUGUGUGUGUGUGUGAGGGCUAACUUUGUCUCAUCUAUAUAUCGAGCUUCUAGGCUAGCUAGAAUUACAAAGUGAACCCCUGCCUCAAAAAGGAGGAGGAGGGAGAAGCAGAAGGAGGAAGAGAGAAAAUGGAGCUGUGUACCCUGAAGACCUGGUGCCACCCCCAGUCUGCACACAAUUUGCACAGGAUCUAGCCAGGUAUUAGGAAGGAGCUGGCCUGAGGCCCUGAUGCUGCCUACAGAGGACAGAUGCUUAUUGCAGGGUCCAUUCCUGGUGUAGCACAGGGUGUGGAGGUGGAGUCCUCGCCUAUGCUGUCCAGCAUCAGCUUUUCAGGAGAGGCUUGUGGAUCAAGGGAUGGGAGUGGGAAAGAGGAGAGGUCCUGCUUCCCGGGAAGAUGCUCGGCUCCACUUCCCAGGAAGAUGCUGUGCAGUCCAUGGCACAAACCUGCUCGAGAGGAAGGGCUCAGGCUUCCAGGGGCUCCCGGGUUGCCUGAGUAGGUGAUUGGACGUGACUUUCCUUUGGAGUGACAGGUCACUUGGGGUGACUGCCACUUAGGCUCCUGUCUGCCUGCUUGUACCUCUCUUCCUUUCCUGGGCCACUGUACCAUUAUGAUACAACCAUCCACUGUGUUCUGAGACUGGAAACUGAGACUUAAGUCAGCUGACACUUUCUAAGUGUGUACUCUAGGAAACUCUGAAGAGAGGUGACAAAGGACAAGAAGAGCAUGUGGUGCAGUCCCAGCAGGCUUUGCUGCACAGUGACACCGUAUUGAACAGGAGUUGUCAUGCCCAGGGUGUGCGUGUUGACAGAAGCAACUCGCUCAUGUGACUCAGUGUGACUGAUAUUGACAGUUCUAGUUAAUGACUGAUGUCUAUCAUGGAGAGAACUGGACUGGAGGGGGAGGAGAUGCCUGGCUAAGAUCCUGCCUGUCACAGGUAGACUGGACAGCAGGAAGGAGUGAGGCCAUUCCUGACUUGGAGCUGCUUUUGGGUGUGGUUACACUGGAGGAGAAGUUGUAAAUGUGGCCUCACGUGGAAGACCAUAUGCUAAGUAGACCAAGGGAAACUCUUACAUUUUUUAAUCUUAAGAAAUGUUUUAGCCAGGUGUGGCUGUACACACCUUCGAUCCCAGCACUUGAGAGGCAGAGGCAGGUAGAUCUCUGUGAGUUUGAGGCCAGCCUGAUCUACAGAGUGACUGAGUUCCAGGACAGUCAGGGCUAUGUAGAGAGACUCUGUCUCAAAAAAAAAAUUUUUUUAAAAGACCUUUUUAUUAUACUUAUUUAUUAUGUGUGGGGAUCAGAGGACAGUCUUUAGGAGGCCACCAUGUCGGAUCCAAGCGUUGAACUCAGGCCAUCAGGAUUAGUGGCAGCUGGCAAGUGACCUUACUGAACGAUGCUGGGUGGUAAAUAGAUGUCAGAGGCAACUUUGUGGAGUAUGUUCUAUUUGUUUUUUCCAGCUAAGGUUUCUCUGUGUAGUCUUGGCUGUCUUGGACCUCUCUGUAGUGCAGACUGACCUCAAACUCACAGAGAUCUGUCUGACUCUGCCUCCCAGGUACUGCGAUCAAAGGUGUACACCAUCACCGCCUGGCUUUUCUUUACAGUGUGUGUGUGUGUGUGUGUGUGUGUGUGUGUGUGUGUGUGUGUACAUGUGAGCUCACAUGCCCUCAGACUUUAGAAGAAGACAUGAGAUCCCCUGGAUCCAGAGUUACAGAGAGUUGUAAACUUCCUGACGUAGAUGCUGGGAACUGAACUAGGUCUUCUACAGGAGUAGCAUGCGCUCUUACCCAUGGGACUUCUCUCUGUCUCAGACAGGGUCUCCACAGAACCCAGGGGGUGUUCAAAGAACCCAGUUUGAGACCCCUGGGGCCAGACUUAGGUGGCGGUUUUCUAUUUGCUGUUAGCCCCCAGCUGUGGUCAGCUCACUCACACAGGUCGGUAAGCUUGGGUAAUGCUAACACCGAGGAAUGGCCCCUUUUCUGCAUUCAAGGUUGGGCGAGUGAGUCACUGGGUGCCGGCAGUGGGAAGAAACAUCAUUAUAAGUCAGGAGGGGUGUACUCACCUAGUAACUGACCAUUCCCACCUACACCACCCAAAUGACCGUGCGGUUUUGGAGGGCAGGGGCUUUGCUUGCUGACACUUUUCUCUGUCAGCUUCUACCAACUCUGCCAUCCAACUUCAUGGGAGUAUGGUGUACCCACACCCACAGGAAAGUCAGUCCCAUGACAGGAAGAAUCAAUCUUUCAGAAUGGCUGGGCCAUCUGAAAGUUAUUCUUGGAUACAUUCUCUGGAAGAGGGUUUGUUUUGAAUGUUGUUUUUUUUCUCCUCAAAAAGCAAGUCAGAUUCCUUAAGAGACUCAAGCCACUGGGCUAACAAGGUAAAAACAGCGACUAACUCCCUGCCACUCGCCGCCUCUGCCCAUCUUCCAUCCAACAGAGCAGGAAGACCGGGCUCCACUGGCAGGUAGCAUCAGGGCCUGCUUAAUAGACAAACGCUGUGUGGUUUUGAGACUAGUCUUGGUUAUCUCUGAGCAUCAGUUCUCCCUCGCAUAUAAGGGAACAGAGAGUACAUGAACUGUUUAUCCAGUUUCCUACCUACAUACCGUUUGAUGUCACAAUGUGUAAAACACACCCACACCUAAGAGACUAAGGAAUGCUAACUAGAGACACCUGAUGUCCCCAGCCUCAAGGGCAAGGGCAGAGCUAUAUUUCCUGCUAACUCAUUCUUGGGUGCUUUCUUUGUACAGUGCUGGGUAUUAAACCCAGGGGCUUUGGGCCUGCUAGACAAGAUGUCUCCAGUGGUACCACAUACCCAGCUCUUUUCUACUAACUCUUUCAACCUUCAUUUGAGACAGUCUCAUGGCUGGCCUAGAAUUCCUGCAUAAACCAGACUAGCCUUGAACUCCCAGAGACCCCAAGCCUCUGCCUCAAGAGUGCUGGGAUCAAAGGCGUGUGCCACUAUACCAAGCUUUAUUGCUGUUUUGAGAUGGUAUCAUGUAGCACAUAGGCUAGUCUCAGACUUUGUAGCUGAGGCUCUGCCUCCAUCUUCCAAGAAUUGGGGCACUUGGCUCCAUACAUUUUAGGUAUUUUGUUGUUGUGAGUUGUUUUGCUAUAGUUUUCUUUAUGUUUGUUUUUUGAGUUAGGGUACAGGGUGGCCCCAGCUGGCUUUACACUCACUGUCUAGCUGAAAGUGGCCUUGAACUCUUUAUCCUACUGCCUCUACCGUCCAAGUGAUGGACUUUCACAGAGCUCCACAGCCUUAACCCCCAUCUGAACCAGGGGCACAGAGAUUUGCCCUUAACUCUCGGGUCCCCACAUGUUGUUCAGUCCUUAAAGCCACUCGCCAGUCAGCCCCUCCACCUCAACAUCUCCUCUGAACCCCGCUGGCAGGUGGCAGGCCUCUCCUGGAAGUUUGGGGAAAGAUUCCUCCCCAAGGCUUUCAGUUCCUCUCUGCUCUCCACUUGACCCUUCGCCAUGAAAACAUUGUAUCCACAGUGUAGAUAGAUAGGGCUCAGCAGAGGUGAAGAACCUCUCUACAGGAGCAGAAUUGUUCUUUAAUCAGAACAAUCAGGGAGUGGAAUGGAGACUAUGCACAAGAGUGUAAGGGGCUUGGGUUUUAUAGGGAAAAAAAAAAAUUCUGGAGUGGGAAGAUUCUUGUCCGUAGACCUACUUUCUGCUUUCCCAAGGUUGCAAAUGUUGGCAGAGGUACCAGGAGUUCUCCUGGCAUGUUGAGUCCUAGUCCAGAGCCUCCCUCUCCUAACUGCCCAGGGAGAGGCUCAAUCUUUCUGCAGGGAGUUUCUCAGGCGGCCUGAAGCUUUUCGUUAUUAACCCUUCAUAUAGUUUAGUAAUGACUUCUAUUUUCUGAGUGCCUGCUUUCUCUCAGAUUCUGUGCUAAGUAUAUAUAUAUUUGUGUGUGUGUGUGUAUGUAUGUAUAUAUAUUUCUUCCCAACAUUUUAAAAAUCUUUUUAUUUUUUGGUUUUUCGAGACAGGGUUUCUCUGUAUUCCCCUGGUUGUCCUCGAACUCAGAAAUCCGACUGCCUCUGCCUCCCAAGUGCUGGGGUUAAAGGCGUGCACCACCACUGCCCGGCCUCUUCCCAACGUUUAAAAAUGUUUCCACAAUUUAAUUUAAUUCCCAACGAUCAAGAUUGCCAGGUGGUGGUGGUGCAUGCCUUUAAUCUCAGCACUAUGGAGGCAGAGGCAGGUGGAUAUCUGCGUUCAAAACCAGCCUGGUCUACAGAUUGUUUUCUAGGACAGCCAGGGCUACACAGAGAAACCCUGUCUUGGAAAAAAAAAAUUCUUUGUAAAUCAGGGGUCUAACCUAAGAUGCCCAUCACUGUUACCUCUAAAACCUAAAAAGCCAAUCACUGUUCUCUCGACUGAGUAGAUGAAUUGCAGGGUCUUUUUGCCAUGGCCUUGGCUCUGGGGCCUACACUGAGUUAGAGAGCUGGCGAGUGCUGGGGUUAAGGGAUCCCUUGCAGGGAUGCUAUGGUGUGACAGGCACUGGCCUGCACAGGUACCUCACUGUCCCACCCACACCCCACACCUGAAAGAGGAAGCGUCUUAUUUCUAUUUUAUAGAGGAAGAAACUGAAGCCUCAGCACAUUGGGCAACUUCCUGGUGGCAAACAGAGGCAGCAGUGAUGUGCAGUGCGUCUGCGCACAACUAUCGCUUUGCCUUUUGGUUAUUUUUGUUGAGAAAAAGGUCUCAGUUUGUAGCACAGACUGUCCUGAAACUCAUAGCAAUCCCCCGGCCUCUGACUCUGUUAGGGUUACUGCCAUAAACUACCAUAUCCAGUUCAAUUUGGCUUUUAGGAUAAUAACCUAACCCUAACCCACUUCCUGUGAGAAAAGUCAAAAGGGCCCCACUGACACCACCCACUCUAUGGAGUUCUUAAACAUGUCAUCCGAGGGGACGGGGGAAUCAGAAAAAAAGUGCUUACGAAGACUAGUGUGUUUUAAAAGCCUGGGUUUCCCGGCUUAGUGUGAGCUGGGGGUGGGGAGGGUGUUACCAGGUCUCACUUGUCCCACUGGUUAAAUGACUGCAGAUACCCGGAAGUCAUGACUACCUCAAGUCCUGCUUCCUGGACUAGUUCACAUUAUGGGCCUUGGAACCGAUGAGGAGAAAACAAGAUAGAUCACCUGGAUUUAACCAUGCCAAAACCACUGGAGACCACGGAGUUCAGGCCUCAGAGCCAAGCACCCAAGAGUCUCUCUCACCUUUGCCUGGGGCUCAGCAUUCAGAUGUGCUCACAAUGAGAGGGCACACAGCAACCCAGGAGAUGGCCUGUAGCGUUCUCGUCUUACAGACUGAGUCUCAGGAAGCUUAUGGAAACUCCCAGGUCAAGGAGCUGGACUCAAACCCAGCUCUGCUGUCCUCCAAAGCCGAGAUAUGGUUCAUUGACCCUGACUAGCUAGGAUGGAGACUGGACCGAGACAGUGUGAGAAACUGUCUAUGGCAUCUGUACGCAGUUCCAAAGGUUGUGUAGAAACUACAAGACAUAAAUUCAGAGAAGGCCUUACAAGAUGGGAUUCACCACUCUCACAGACCUUACGUGGAGGUCCCCUCUAGCUAAGGCUGUCCAAGCAAAGCUGCAACUCUAGUGGGCUUUGACCAGGUAAGCAGAGAGGUAGUUGGAAAUUUAUUGCUCACACACAGCGGGUGAGAAAGAGGUUGAGAGCAAAGGGCCAGAGUAGUGGUUCUCAGUCUUCUUGAUAUUGUGACCCUUUAACAUACAGGUCAUCGUGCUGUGGUGACCCCCAACCAUAACGUUAUUUUUAUUGCUACUUCAUAACUGUAAUUUUGCUACUGUUAUGAAUUGUAAUAUAAAUAUCUGAAAUGCGACCACCGUGAAAGGGUCUUCCAACUCCAAAGGGGUUGCAGCCCAAAGGUUGAAAAAUGCUGAGCUAGAGAGCAGCAGAGGUAGGUGUGUGUGUGUGUGUGUGAGUAUGUAUGUGUAUGAGUAUGAGUCUGUAUGAGUGUGAGUAUGUGUGUAUAUGAGUGUGUGUGUGUGUCUGUGUGUGUGUGUGAUGUGAAGCCACCUUGCCCAUUCUAAGUAUACCCAAGUAUUUGUGUCAGUGUGUAGUGUAUGAAGAACAUGAGAACGUGGCUUGAGGCCAGUCAGGAAGGUAAUCAGGCUUUUCCCGAGUUAUGUAAAACACUACCAAAAUGAAGGGAAACUGGUCCUAGCGUUUGCUGUCUUGCUUGAAUUCUAAACAUUUCGGCCAUGUUUAAAUCCUGAAUGGUGUGAAAGCCUGAGAGGGAGACGGUGUUUCUGAUGGAAAUCUUUCUUUGUUGAGUUCUCUAGUUCUUAUCUUGGUACUUGUUUCUUGUAUACUUGCCACUUGUGUCUUGGUGCUGGGCUAGCUAUGGAUAGCUUUCGCUUGGUGUGAAGAAAACAAAGUAGUGGGUAGGACUCCAAAUCAGAUUUCAGCUGGUGGUGGGUUGGGGCAGGCUUUUAGUUCGCGAGUUUGAGCUGAACAGUGCUGCCGGAGUCUCGCAGCACUGAGAUAUUAAGUUUGAGGACAUCAAACAGGGACAUAGCAUUGAGAUGGCCGGAGAAUUUCAUCCAAACUCUAGUGUUUGACCUGCUGGCAGUAAACUGCACGCUCAGACAAGCUCCACCCACCGAGGCGCCGACCGUGUGGCCAUUGGCGGCCACCGCCUCCGCCACCUGCCCCUUACCUUGGGUGGGCGGGGCUACCUGGGCCCCGCCCCCUCGGCUCGGGUUCCCAGGCCUCCGAGCCUCAGGACCCGCCCCCUGUGCGAGGCCCGGCCGCCGGAGCCCGGGGAGCUUGGGCGCCUCGUGAUGUCACGGCAGCUUUGAUACAAAGAGCCCCUUCGGCCCACGCGGGUCUCCCGGCAACGGGUGCGGGCGGGGGCGGGACCGGCGGCUUCAACUGGUGCGGAGCAGCGCGCCUCCCGGAUUGUUUUCUGAGCACGGUGCUGGCUUCGUCCCCGUGUACCCCGCCGGACCCGACUCGACCAGCCGCUGGCUUCUUGUUCAUCUACAGCGGCCCGACCUGCAGCCGGUCGGGGGAUGCGCUCCCCGCCGGCUCCCGGAUGCCAGGGCAGCGACUUCUCUGGCUCUACUGAUGGCGAGCAACUCCCCAGGGAACCCGACUUCUUCCAGGAAGACGAAGAGGAAGCGAUGACAUUGGCCCUACCUGAGGGACCCCAGGAGUUAGACAUGGACAGUCCCAUGGAGAGCAGCCAAGGCCCGGAGGGCUCUGUCAAGGGUUGUGGCGAGGAGAAGGAGCCUGAGCUGGGGGGCCUGUUCCUGCCAGAGGACAAGUGCCUCGUCCUCACUCCAUCUGUGACCACAUCAGACCUUUCCACUCACUCCACCGCCUCUCUUAUCAGCAACGAGGAGCAAUUUGAAGACUAUGGCGAGGGGGAUGACGUGGACUGUGCUCCCAGCAGCCCAUGCCCCGACGAUGAGACCAGAACCAAUGUCUACUCAGAUCUGGGAUCUUCAGUGUCUUCCAGUGCGGGACAGACCCCAAGGAAGAUGCGACAUGCCUACAACAGCGAGCUGCUGGACGUGUACUGCUCUCAGUGCUGCAAGAAGAUCAACCUGCUGAAUGACCUGGAGGCCCGGCUGAAGAACCUGAAGGCCAACAGCCCCAACCGGAAGAUCUCAAGCACAGCCUUUGGACGGCAGCUCAUGCACAACAGUAACUUCAGCAGCAGUAAUGGCAGCACCGAGGACCUGUUCCGUGACAGCAUCGACUCCUGUGACAAUGACAUCACAGAGAAGGUGAGCUUCCUGGAAAAAAAGGUAACAGAACUGGAGAACGACAGCCUGACGAGCGGGGGCCUGAAGAGCAAGCUGAAGCAAGAGAACAUGCAGCUGGUGCACAGGGUGCACGAGCUGGAGGAGAUGGUGAAGGAUCAGGAGACCACAGCGGAGCAGGCGCUGGAGGAGGAGGCCCGGCGACACCGUGAGGUCUACUGCAAGCUGGAGCGGGAAAAGAGCACAGAGCUGGAGCUGCUCAACACCAGGGUGCAGCAGUUGGAGGAAGAGAACACAGAUCUGAGAACGACAGUGGCUCGACUCAAGUCACAGACCGAGAAGCUGGACGAGGAGCGGCAGCGCAUGUCUGACCGGCUGGAGGACACCAGCCUGCGACUGAAGGACGAGAUGGACCUUUACAAGCGCAUGAUGGACAAGCUGCGGCAGAACCGCCUGGAGUUCCAGAAGGAGCGGGAGGCGACGCAGGAGCUCAUCGAGGACUUGCGGAGAGAGCUGGAGCACCUGCAGAUGUACAAGCUGGACUGCGAGCGGCCAGGUAGGGGCCGCAGCUCCUCUGGCCUUGGCGAGUUCAACGCCAGAGCCCGGGAGGUGGAACUUGAACAUGAGGUCAAGCGUCUGAAGCAGGAGAAUCACAAGCUGCGGGAUCAGAAUGAUGAUUUAAAUGGGCAGAUCCUGAGCCUCAGCCUCUACGAGGCGAAGAACCUCUUUGCAACCCAGACCAAAGCCCAGUCUCUGGCUGCAGAAAUCGACACAGCAUCUCGAGAUGAGCUAAUGGAGGCCCUGAAGGAGCAGGAGGAGAUCAACUUCCGACUGAGACAGUACAUGGACAAGAUUAUCCUGGCUAUACUGGACCACAACCCCUCCAUCUUGGAGAUUAAACACUGAGUCAGGGUUGGCUGCAGAGCGGCCGUCGGACCUGGGACCUAAGGGCAGGCCUGCCUGAGGACGAAGAAAGAUGCAGGCUUUGCCCACAUGCACUCUGUGAUUGUACCUCUGAGCACCCUCUCUGUGUGUGCUGGUGUCCGUGCAAGGAGUGAGCUUGGGGCCAUGGCUGUGGGUGACAACCCACGGUGAGCUGUGUGUGCACUUUGUAGCCCCUUUGUGAGGGGCAGAGGGGGCUGGAUGUGGGGGAGACACUCUCAGGAGUUAACAGCAAGGCCUGGAAGCUUGCAUUUAGGAUACUGAUGAAAUGAUUCUACCUCUGGGAUAAGGGUUAGAAGAUACUCUCAGGAGAUGGGUUCUCUCCCCUCCCCCACUGAAGUGGGGACAAAACUGUUACAUUCUCCAGAAUUUGGUGUCCUUGCCAACCUUUCAGGCCACCUUUCAAGCCGGGUUUUUUUGUUUUGUUUUCUUUAGCUCAGAGGAGGAAGGGGUAUUGGAGAGGCCCCUGAGGUCUAGCCCCCUGGGGUGCAGAUAAGCAGGUCCAGUGGACUCGGACUUACAGAGCAGUUAGAGUGCACUGUCCAUGCCUUUGGGCUAAGUCCAUCGUAGUUUUCUGAGCCCCUCCCAGUCUUGCUUGCCUACCUCCCCUUUCUGGUUUGGCUUUGCUUUGUUUUGAAGAUGGAAAAUACAAGCAGCAUUCAGCUGGGGGUGGAAGGAAGGCCAAGAAGGGUAGGGUGCCCCAAGGCAGGUGUGUGUUAGCACUGGGGGCCAAAAGGAGUGAUUGCCUGGGAGAGAGGUGUGUUUUCAUGGCUGCAUCGUCACACAUGACCUCUCUGGGUUCCAUGCUCCUUGGUGAGGACAGGCCUAGGGAAGGGUUUGCAGGACUGAUACCCUUGCCUCGGCUUUCAGACCCAUCUGAAUCAGGUCCCCAGUUAGAGAGCCGACACGGCUGGCAGGAGGUCCAGUGGAGAAUACUGGGGGAACCUUAGUCUUCGGUUCCGUCAAUACAUGAUGGGAAUUCACAUACACACACCCGUGUUGGGGGUUGAGGGAGGGUUAAAAUGUGAUCUGGGAGUAGGUACUGUAUAGAACAUUCCGGUUUAUCUCAGUUUUAUACAGCUUGUGAUUGGUUGGCUUCCUUACCCCAGCUCCUAUAAAGGUGUAUGGUUCAAGUUUCCCCUUCAGUUUGUUUUCUUGAGCACAUCUUGUGUAAAAAGGAAGGUUUAGGGAUGCUGGGGAGGCUAGCGAACAGAAAGGAGGCACAGUUGAAAGAAAAUAGGGGAUCUAGGGUGUGUGCCCCGGGGUGUGUGCCUGCUUGGCAGAGACGGGGCUUCGGUCAGUUUCAGUCCAGUCAUGGUGCUUUCUUUGGCUUUUGAGACUCCCUGUAAUCAUGUGCUUGGAAUUCAUCUCAUGCUGCAUAGAUAGUGCGUGGGCCUGGUCUGCCUGGAUGAGCCACACCAGGAAGACAGGAAGGCUUGAUCUGGGGAUACGGGGUUUCCUUCCCUGGCGUCUGGGAAGAUAGAGAAAAAGGGGGCUGGGUAGGGAGUCUUGUGAGGAACAAUGGGAAGAUAACCAUGGCUUGAGGUUGGUCCGUGUGCCGUGCUAGCAGAAUGCAGAGGCCAGCUGAAUAUAGGUCCUGGUAAGAGGGGCCUACGCUCAGGUGAGCAGUUCAGACUUGAAGUUGUAUGGGCCGCCCGCUUCACUUGUAUGUGGGUUUCCAGAGAAGGCCACAGAGACCAGAGUCAGUGUCACAGAAGAGGAAGGAGUCUGUCAGGGAAACAGGCAGGGAAGGAAGGCUUUAGGCCCAAGUUGUAGGGCUGGAAGAGUGGACUCCCUGAGGACAUGACCAGGUUUGGAGGCCCCUGUGGAUCUGGACGCUUGCUAUCUAGGCCUCUGGAAGAAUGAUUUCUGAAUGUGGUCUGACUUCCAUGUAACACACCUCAGGCGAAAUCCAGCCUUCUUACAGAAUACACUUAGAAAACUCUGUCAACUUCCCCAUAAGAUCAUGUUUGCUGUUUGCUGUUUCUUGUAGUGGUGACAGUAGGUUUCUGGUUUUUUUUUUUUUUUUUUCUGUUCUGGGUUAGAAGGCCCAGGGGUCCCAGUGCCACACCACCCAUGGGAGGUUCCAGAACUUCCCUUGCUUGGCAAGAAUCUAAUCUCUCUUUCUACUGCCUCCCUGGCUCUCGCUCCAGUUGAGCUCCCAGAGACUUUCGGGAGUCUAGAGCUUACACUUGGCAUUCAGUUACAUUUGGAUUGCAGAUAAACAAGAGGUUUUAGAAUCACCGUGUUCCAUGCUAUACCUGGUUAGAAAGCGUUUUUACCAUUCUGAUCCUCACGUGUUCUGACAGUUGGUAGAGGUGUGGCCCAGGCCUUGGAAUGCUUUAAGAAUGCCACAGGUGACGCUAAUUUAGUUAGGUCUCCUGUGAAGAGGGUGUGGCUCUUUCUAAGUUGAAGGGUCUGCAGUGAUUUGCCAAGGUCCAGGAAGGUUGGGGCCGUGAAGGAAGUACACCUUUCAUGUGACACUUAGCCAUCCUUGUAUUCCACUGGGAGCCAAACAAGAUGAGCUUCUGUCUCCCUGAUUUGUUUCCUUUUAUUUUUGAAUUAGCCACUUUUUUUUAGACCAGUAGUUUUCUUUGAGACUCUACAGAGGAAGUUCCUUUUGAAAAUUUUAUUUCUGAUAUACUAAAACCACAAAUCUCAAGGACCAAGCAGAACGCCAGGCCUUGAGCCUGAGUCUGCCAGUUUGGCAGUGUGCUGGUGUCAUACCUGAUGCUGGAGGGCCUGGGAGUGGAACACAGGAGUGGCGUGCCUGGCAUGAGGUUCAGUCCCUGGCAGCAUGGAAGAAAGUUGAUGACAGAACCACCUCUGACUUCCAUAUAUAAUUGGUAGCACAGUGUGGCCCGGCACCUGUGUCUUCAAUGGCCUUCCCAAGUGUUGUUCAUGCACAGAUCAAGGUGGAGGCCCGUAAAUCAUGUGAAAUGUCUGCUGAGGUCAGCAGGGCUGGAGAAGCUUGUGUGUGGCCCAGAGGAUGGGUAAUUAUGCCACUGAGUGGUCCUUGCCCUGAGAGUCCAGCUGUUCCCACUACUCUGAAAGUCUCACCCUAGACGGACAGGAUAUAAGUGCCAGCAUUUGACUGGGCAUAGGCCCAUUAGGAAUUGGAGGCAGGUAGGCGGGAAGAGCUGGACCUUGAGAGCAGCCUAGACGCAGUGGCCACUUGUCUCCGCGGGCUUUGUCCAUUUCAUAAGGGUGUCUCAGUUGCUUCCCUGUCAGUGCCAAAUCAGCAGCACCCAGCCCACACUCUGGAGAACUCUAGGUGAUGGUCUGAUAGCUAGUUAGUCCUGAGUUGUGGUCCUUCUGCUUCUGAUGGUCCUGGGGCUGUUGGUACAUACCGGGCUGUGUAAGGGAUCCAGAGACUCUACAGCAAGGCCUAAAGAAUAAGGAGGACUUCACUCAUCUGAGGGGCAUUGGCAAAUCUACACCUGUCUAGAUAGGACUGAUGGGAGUGGGAAAGGUACAGGGUGGUCACCAGGCUAGUCACCAGGAUGUCCAGUGACUCUGUCGAGGUCCAGGUGAAGCUCUUUAGGGCCUCAGUGAUGCCUGUUAUCCCCAGUCUUUCCUCACUGGGGCCCAGCGCUUCCCUCUGGUGGCUCCUCAGGCUGGUAUCACUAGCAUGCGCUUGACGAGGGGCCUCCAGUUAGAGCAGCCAGAUCUUGGAAAGGACCUCCCUGUCCUGACUUGGACCCUGACAGAACGUACUUGCAAUGGGUUUAUCAGGAAAGGGUAGAGGUAGCACCUUCAGGGCGGGGCAGCUCUGUGGCUCUGUCGCUCUGUCAUCGUUAGCUCUGUGGCUCUGACAUCGUUAGCUCUGUGGCUCUGACAUCGUUUAGCUGCUCUGCUAAGAAAAAAAGCCACUUGCAGAAAAGGCUUUGUUUCUGGAAGCAUAGUCAGGUUACCAGCCUUGUCGCUCUGUGCACUAGGGGCUGGGUAGCUUUGGUGUUCCUUCCUUGUGGACUCCUCCUCUUCCCAUUGUGACUGUAUCGUAGGGAUGUGCAUUCCUGAGGUACCAUAUGGAGGACAGAGUCCCAGGCCACCUCUCCUGCAGGCCUAACUUCUGGUGGCCCUGUCUCGUGUUGGGACUGUCUUCUUUACCGUUCUGCACUGUUUCUUGUCUGCAUGGUUUGGGGUCCUCGUGCCUUUUUACCUUGUUACCACCACACAGGAUUCUCUGUUACCCACUGCCCCCUUUUGUACGUCCCCUUCCCCCAUCUCCCCCAGUCCUGUGCGUACUCACGUGUGCAGCCAUAUGGCUCAACUGAGGCCAGCUGGCAAACACUUUACCCCACACCAGGCCGACUUCCCAUAGCUCCCCAGCUCUGUUGACUUGGUAACUUUUGUACAGGAUUUUGUUACAAUCUUAAGCAUAGGGACCACUUAAUCCCCAUGUACCUGCAGCUAGUUUAGAAGCCCUGCAUCCCAGACAAGGGUAGCUUUGUGCAGACCAGCCUCUCCCGCAAACCUCUUCCUCGUGGGUUCAGGUAUUUAUAAAAGACAGAUUUCCUUUAAAAUGAGGCCCUGGCCCUAGCAGGGAGGUGACAGGUCUACAAAGCUCUGUGCAUGGCUCUUCUGGAGGAAGCCCCAGCCAUGUGGUUUCCAGUGCUUGGCAAUACAUCUGGGUUUAGGGCCAUUGCCUCUCGUGUCUCCCCUGAUUUGUGCUGAAGGAAGUCACUUGCCACUGUCCCUGCCUGCUGUCACUACCUGUCCAGCCCUUCCUUGUUUGCUGGUGCUCAGACCAGAGUGCCAUUAAUCACCAGACCAACGUCAGGACCUGCACAGGACAGAGUGCGCUGAGGACUCUCGGCCGGCUGCCUCCCAGCUUCAGCUCCCAUGGGGCUGGGCCUUCUGGGGUCCAGGUGGAAGAAGCUAUAGGCAGAUAGGCUCUGCCUUUCCAGGGAUUACAUCUGGGGCUUUGCCUCAGAAGCCAGUGGUUGCAGAUGGCCUUAGCUUUGGGCUUGGGAAGGAGCUUCCACUUUAGGCCCCAGGGAAGGGAGAAUGGGGUACAGCCCAGGCCCUGAACUGUUUGUUUCCACUCUGUUCUCUCCAGAAACAGGCUUUCAGUGGGGGGCACCUUCCAAGGAACUGUAUUGUACAGACCACAGUGUAAAUAAAAAGUUGGCUUUUUG